UUUAAGUUCUGCAACCUGAAAAGAGUUGUUCCUGUUUACCGCAAGUCCAAAAUAAUCCUGCACUUGGAUUUUUAGAAAAUAACCAGUAGGCCACCAGGACACAUAGCAAAGUCACAGAUGCCUGCAGCUCUGCACCCCACGGGGACAGCACCGUCGUCUAGGGAGGAAGUGGUACCAUGGGUGGGGACCCUGUCACCGGAUUGACCUGGUCAGACUCAUCUGUCGUGUUUCCAGCUCCCCCAACACAGAUGUUCACUAAGCAUUUGGGGAAUGGAUGAAUGAAUGAGUGGUUCCUGCCUUCACUUCACCCAGCAUCCCUUCUUUCCUUCUACCCCGGAUGUUCACAGACCUCAAGAGUCCUCCACCUUGCAGGACCGACCACUCGAGGGUCUGGAUGAGGCUCUGGCCCUCCAGGUGUAGACAGCAGUUGACUAGCUCCCUGGUGUAGACAACACUGCUCAGACAACACCUCAGAUGGGAAGAUCUUAGGAGACUCACCAUGUCCCAUGCCUCACAUGCUCUCAGAGGUCCUGGUCCAGGCCCCGUUGGUGGAGGGAAGAGUGGAGACGGGGGGCAGGACACAGCGUUCUUCUCCUGGUCUCUCCUCCCUGGGUCUCCAGGAGAGAGUGCGGGGGGUCACCAGCACCUUGCAGGUGGGAGGUGAGCUCCGCAGCGGCAGUUCCCCUUUUGCGAAAUCGUGAGGCCUGGUGCUCCUCCCCAGCUUCCCGUGGGCCCCCCUCAGCCUCCCUCUGCCUUCCCUUCUUCACCCACAGGAAGCCCAGACAUCUGUCUCUAAGAUGUUGUUGCCUCUGCUGCUGCCCCUGUUGUGGGCAGGGUCCCGGGCUCAGGAGAGGAGAUACUGGCUGCAGGUUCUGGAGUCACUGGUGGUGCAGGAGGGUCUGUGCGUCUCCGUGCCCUGCAAUUUCCUCUAUCCCCUGAAUAGCUGGACGGAGGACACCCCCGCCCUUGGCUCCUGGUUCGUGGUCGGGACAGACACGAACAAGGGAAGACCGGUGGCCACAAACAAGCAGGAUCAAGUGCACGGUGGCUCCGGGGGCCGGUUCCAGCUCACUGGGGAUCCCCAGAACCGCAGCUGCUCCUUGCUGAUCAGAGACGCCCAGGUGGAGGACUCGGCACAGUACUUCUUUCGGGUGGAGAGAGGCAGUUACGUGCGGUAUAAUUUCGUGGAAAGCCCGUUCUAUCUGGAAGUGACAGCCCUGACACAGAAGCCCGAUGUCUACGUCCCAGAGACUCUGGAAGCAGGGCGCCGGGCGACACUCAUCUGUGUGUUUAACUGGGCCUUUGAGGAAUGUCCAGCCCCUACUUUCUCCUGGAUGGGGGCCGCCGUCACCACCCCAGGGCCCGGACGCAAAUCCUCCUACUUCUCAGUGCUUUCUCUCACACCGAGACCCCAGGACCACGGCACCCACCUCACGUGCCGGGUAGACUUCUCCAGAAAGGGCGUGAGCGCAGAGACAACCUUUCGACUUAACGUCACCCAUGUCCCCAAAGACCUGGUUAUCAGCGUUGCCAGAGCCAAGGCAUCAGCCCCGGAGCCCCAGGGAAACAGCCCACAUCUGGAAGUCCAGAAAGGCCAGUUCCUGCAGCUGGUCUGUGCUUCCGAGAGCCAGUCCCCUGCCACCCUGAGCUGGGCCCUGGAGGACAGGAUCCUCUCUUGGUCUCACCCCUGGACCCCCGGCCCCCUGGCUCUGGUGCUGACCCGGGUGAUGCCUGGGGAUUCAGGCUGCUACACCUGCCGAGCAGAGAACAGGCGUGGCUCCCAGAGCCGCACCCUGAACCUCUCCGUGCAGUAUGCCCCAGAGAACCUGAGAGUGAUGGCCCUACAAGCAAACAGGACAGUCCUGGAAAACCUUGGGAAUGGCACGUCCCUCCCAGCCCUGGAGGGCCAAAGUUUGCGUCUGCUCUGUGUCGCCCACAGCAACCCCCCAGCCCAGCUGAGCUGGGCCCUGCGGGGACAGACUCUGAGCCCCUCCCAGCCCGCAGACCCCGGGAUCCUGGAGCUGCCUCAGAUACAAACGGAGCAUGAAGGAGUCCUCACCUGCCGAGCUCAGAACUCGCUGGGCUCCCAGCACGUCUCCCUGCUUCUCUCUGUGGUCUGCCCCCCGCGGCUGCUCGGCCCCUCCUGCUCCCGGGAGGGCGAGGCGCUGGGCUGCACCUGCUCCGCCCGAGCCCGGCCAGCCCCCACCCUGAGCUGGCGGCUGGGGGAGGGGCUGCUGGAGGGGAACCACAGCGACGCUUCCUUGACCGUCACUUCCAGCUCCGAGGGGCCCUGGGCCAACAGCUCCCUGAGCCUCAGGGGACCGCUGGGCUCUGGCCUCAGACUCAGCUGCGAGGCCCGGAAUGCACAUGGGGAACAGAGCGCCGCGGUCCUGCUGUUGCCAGAUAAGAAGGGACUCCUCUCAAAGGCGUUGGGUAGCGGAAUAUUUCUGGGAAUGGGCAUCACGACGCUCCUUUUCCUCUGCCUCAUCCUGGUCACGAAGACUCUGAGGAAGAAACAGGCCCAGGCAGGGACUCCGGCCCACGCAGGGGCUCCGGCCCACGCAGGGACUCCGGCCCAGGCAGGGACUCCGGCCCACGCAGGGACUCCGGCCCAGGCAGGGGCUCCGCCGAAGCCCAAGGCCACGCGGAGAAGCACGAUCCUGGACUACAUCAACGUGGUCCCCAAUCCUGGUCCCCUGGCUCGCAAUCGCAAUCGGAACCAGAACCGGAAGGCCAUGCCGAGCAGUCCUUCCCAGGCCUCUCCUCCAGGCGCUCCCUCCCAGGAAUGUAAGAAAAACCAGAAGGAGCUACAUGCUGCUCCCCACACUUGUCCAGGACCCAGAUCAUCCACGCAAGCCUCAGAAUCAGAGAGUAACCAAGAGAAUCUCCAUUAUGCUGCCCUCACCUUCUCGGGCCUCAGACCCUGGGACACCUGGGAGUCCAAGGACACAGGCCCGGAGUACGAGGACAUCAAGUUUCACUGACGGUCUCCCGGGCUGCAGGGCUGGGAUCCAGGAAGAGGAACAGAAGCAGAUGUUCAGAGUGAGUUCAAGAGCAGCCACCGUAAAGAUGUCCUGCUAGGCGACAAGACAGGAAGUCCCUCAGG